GACGCUACGUCAGAGUAUUGUUUACAUUUUGCAAAGAUGUCGGUGACGGAGACAGACCCCCCUUUUCGUGCUAUGGUAAGAGCUAGCGGUCUAGGCGAAGUUUGGACCCACAGCACAGAAGCCAGUAAAUUCAACCAAUUUGGCUGGAGAUGUACAAAUAAAGAAAACUCGUACUCAAACGACACUUUAAUCGGAAACUGGAAUGAGCAAAGAUUCGAUAUCGAUAUAGAAAAACAGGCUAAACGGAACCCAGGCCAGAAUGAACAUUACUUCGAAUCAAGUUAUGGUGUCAGCUAUAAUAAAUCACCACCGUAUGAAGUUCCUAAAGAGUUAAUUCAUUUGAAAGAGAGACAUUCUCAUGCAUUUCCUGGUCAUCAACCUGAGAUAGACAAUCCUAAACUGAAGUCUGUCUAUAACAGCUGGGAAACUACUACCCGCGCCGCCUACGUAGAUCCUAAGAUCCGCCGACAGCCCCUGAAAGAUCCAACCAGCUAGUCAAUGUUAUCCAUUAGAAUAGAAGUCAUAUUUCAUUUUCAAAUAUUGAUUAAAUUUAAAAAGUACACAUCACGAAAGAUAAAAUAUAUUGAGAUAUGCAGUGUUGUGAAAGAAGAUUUUCCUUACUCUUCACCUUUCUUUAUAGAAAAUAUAUAUUUUGUAAUUAUUUUCAUCUAUAUUUUAUGAGAAUAUUUAUAUAUUUUUCAUUUUUCAUUACAGUAUUACUCCAGUAUUAUAUAACUGUGCUCAGAGCCUGUGUCUGCUUCAGUAUUAUAUUUUUUACUUACAAAUUCUGCAUAAUUUCUUGGUGGUUGAAUUAUACCUGUACCUGUACUUAGCUCUGUAAUGUUUUCUGCUCAAUUUUGCAUUUGCUAUAACUUGCUGGAUUUAUUUCAUAUGAAAUGCAUAUAAUAGGUUUAUGUAGCAUAUCUUUUUUUUACAUUUCUAUUUAUUUGUUAUAAGACAGAAUAAAAUUUUGGAAAAAUA